UGUAGACAGUGAGGUUUGCAGUGAAUUCUCUAAUAAAACAUGUGCGGCUUAUAUCUCAUAUAACGAAGUGGACCGAGUGGAGCUAUUUCUACUUUUCCUGAUUGGCGUGUGUUUUUUCGCCUGUGUCCAGACACCAAACAAGCCGAUGAUACCGAAAGGGUGCCUGAGAUCAAGAAACUUGUAAUUGUAAGGAAUGUCAGGAAGUGUAUUUAUAAACACCUAUGGAGAACCCUGAUCACAGAGACCCUGAUUUAAUAGGUUCUGGAGAUGCUGGUGUCGGCCACCGCAGUAUAGGUCAUGGACGUAAUGGAAAUGGGCGCAUGUCACCAAAUUCACCUCUUAAGAGGUUCGGGCAGGCUAAGAAGGCAAUAAAUGACAUCUUCAGAGAUGUCCUUGCUUUUAUUAAUGAGGCAGAUAAUUUUGUGGAAGGUAUUGCCACAGGCGGUUACCUGGAAGUGGUUUCUUAUCAAGACCAGGUGAAGGAAUACCGGGAGAAUGUCUGUGGAAUUAUGGUGGUGCUGGCCCGGGACUGCAUGAAGGUUGUCUUCUUUGGAAGAACAUCAAAUGGCAAGAGUACAACCAUCAAUGCUAUGUUAGGAGAAAAAAUCCUGCCAACCGGUAUCGGACAUACGACAAACUGUUUUCUACAAGUGGAGGGGUCAGACUCAACAGAAGGUUACCUGCUUACAGAGGAGGAACCAGAAAACCGCAAGAGUCUUCAGUCAAUCAAGCAGCUUGCCAGUGCUCUAAGCAAUGUGAAGUUGAAGGAGAACUCAUUAAUCCGCAUCCUCUGGCCCAAGUCCAAGUGUCGACUGCUUAGAGAGGAAGUGGUGCUAGUUGACAGUCCGGGUAUAGAUAUGACGCCAGAUCUGGACCGGUGGAUUGACAAAAUCUGUCUGGAUGCUGAUGUGUUUGUGCUCGUCUCCAAUGCUGAAUCUACACUUUUGCAGACUGAGAAAAAUUUCUUCCACAAAGUGAGUGCCCGCCUGUCAAAGCCCAACAUCUUUAUCCUCCAGAACCGUUGGGACAUCUCUGCAUUCGAAGAUGAUGUCGAUGAGGUGAAGCAGCAACAUCUUGAGAGAAACCUACAGUUCCUUUGUUCAGAGCUGAAUGUGAUGGAUAAACAAGAAGGGGAGGAACGAGUGUUCUUCGUAUCGUCACGGGAGGCACUCGAUUCGAGACUGAAAAAACAACGAAUACCUAUGCCGACUGAUAUUCAUCAAAAAGGCUACCUGGAGAGACAGAUCACUUUCGCCAAAUUUGAACGUGUCUUUGAGGAAUGUAUAUCAAAGACCGCUGUAAAAACAAAGUUUGAGCAGCACACAAAUCGAGGGAAAAACAUAACAACAGAGUUGCGCUCUUUGAUGGAGAAAAUGCUCAGGACUUCACAGGAACAAUAUGAGAGAGUCAUUAAUGAAAGGAGAGAAAAGGCCGAUAAACUAAACUAUAUGAAAACACAACUAACUCUACUGACAACGGAGAUAAAGGACAAGAUUAAGAAUACGGUGGAGUACGUAGAGAACAAGGUUACCAUGACAAUAAAGGACGAAAUUGGAAGACUUUCCAUUCUAGUUGAUGAGUUCCACAGGAUUCAACCAUUCCGCACUGACCAGAAAUCCCUUGACACUUACAAACAGGAGUUACAUGAACACAUAGAAAACGGACUGAGGAAAAACAUACAGUCCCGAUGCUCAGCGACUUUACGGUCAGCCCUAGAAACCACGCAACAUGAAAUGACAGGGCGGCUUUCUGCCCUCCUUCCUGAAGAGGCCCAGCAGCAAAUUAACACUGUGAUGCCCCGUCGUGAUUUUGAAAUCGCUUACCGACUCAAUUGUAGAGGUGUGUGCGAGAAUUUCAAGGAAGAUAUUGCCUUUCACUUCACACUGCGAAUCCCUGCUCUAUCCAAACUCUUUGAUGUGGAAGCCGACCCAGAUAAUGCCAAAAUGCUGUUUAAUCUCGUAACCAGUGUCAUUAAUAUCAAGGAGAGCACUGCACUCGGAGUGGUCCUAGCUGUUGGGAUUCUCUGCUAUGGAGGAUUAUACUGCUUUGAAAGAAUGCAUUGGACGUCUAAGGCCAAGGAACGAGCAUUCAAGGCACAGUAUGUCGACUACGCCAGCAGCAAUCUGAAUUUGAUUGUUGAUUCUACGAGCUCAAACUGUAGUUAUCAAGUACAACAUGAGCUGAGUUCCACGUUUGACCGGUUGUGUAGCGUGGCUGACAUCACCAAACGAAAACUAGAAGAUGAGAUCAAACAGAUGGACAUUGUCAUCUCACAGCUGAGGGAUAUAUCUGCUAAGUCUGAAACAUACAGGAACAAAGCAGACGAGUUGGACAAAGCCCUGGACAACUUCAAGGAACAGUUCCUGAACACUCCCACGUCAGGUGUAUGAUGUGUAGUCUGUGUGUCAUCCAUCGAUAACACUUUGUAAAAUAUGACUACUGUUAUUGACAUGUGAUAUAUGUGCAGUAGCGACAUGUGAUAUAUGUGCAGUAGCGACAUGUAUUUCUUAUAAGACUGCACUGUUCUCGAUAUGAACAUGCGUGAAAUACAUGCAGUAGCUACUAACUUUUUUGGGGAGAUGUCACUUGGGGAGAUGUCAAUAGCCAACAUUUACAUGUUUAUUUAGUAUCAUUGUACUUAAGUUGUAACCAGCAGGGCCUUGAUCUGUCCUUUUCAGUGGUGGCGGGGGGGGGGCUAAUUUAGCCCCAUUGCCACCUUUUAAAAAAUGAAGUAUCUUUUAUUCCCCCCACACAUGAAUGUUUAAUAUUGUGAAACUAUUUUAAUGUAGGGUGUAUAAGGUUGAAUUAUUAAUGUUUUUGUUCAGUUGAGAAUCUUUCUUGAAAACCCACAUUCUAUUGGUUAAAAAUUCACCCAUAUAAGGGCUAUGACCCCUUUCCUCAAAAGUGUCAUAAGGGCCCUGUCUAAACCUCUUCAAUUAGGGGUCAAUUUUCACUGGCCUGCAAGCAGUAGAACUUGUUAAUAUUUGUAGAGUUUAAAUUCAAUGACUAAACAGUUAGAUUCGCCAGCUAUCAGUGAUUAUAACCAAAUUAUAAUAUACAUUUUAUGAUUUAUUUGCUGUUAAACAGUUAUUGAAUGAAUUUUACGCUUAAUUUAAUAGUAUUAUUGAAUGAAUUUUAUGCUAAAUUUCAUAUUAUACAUGUACCAAUUUUCUGUAUAUUAUAUUUUAAUGAAAUGCUAUAUUCGACAAUAUUAAAUAGGUAUUCAAAUGAAAUGAUAUAUUGUCAAUCAAAUUGAAGUGGUAUAUUGUAAUUGUAUAAAUAAAAAGUCCUAUAAGAUACAUGAGUGUAUAUACAUGUAGUUCAUAGUGAUACUAAUUGGAUGUUAAUAAAAAAUAAACGAUUUCCUGAAUUUAUUUGCUCAGGGGUUCUAAAAAUCAGGAUUUAUUCUGAAACAGGGAUCAAGAGCUUUUAACUUUAGACUUUUGUACAGUAUUCGGAACUCCUCGUUCAUUUUCCAUCUACCUUGGAUGUAUACCAGUUGAUCAGAAGAAAUAGUUCAUAAAAUUUUAAAUAAUUAUACAAGUUGAUUGUAGUUUUCUAAAGUGUAUUUUGUGUUACUAAAUUGAUUGCCAGUGAAGUGUAUUAUUGCAUAUUUAAUUAAGAUUCUUCGGAGUAAAAUCAUUAAGUUCAGCUGCUAAAUUAAAAUUACUACUAAAUUAUUGGAAGUAUAGUUAAAUGUGAAGAUUUCUGACAUUGUAAACUGUCCAUAUACAUUGGAGGUUGUUUUUGAUGGAAAAUGGCUGAGGAGUUCCAAAUCUAUGUAUAGUUAUAAAGAUCGUUUUUGCCUGGAAAUUUGCAUCAAAAACAGUAGGAAUUACAUUGAAAUAAACAUGAAUUAAAUUGGAAACAGUUUCAAAUCAGGUCCAAGCCCCUUCACCCUGCUUUGCACAUAAAUCCUUUAUACUCAAACAGACCCCCGGCUAUUUUUCAGGAUUGACAACUAACAGCUGUUAGAACCCCUGAAUUGCGCUGUUCUUUAAAACUUUUAAAAGGGGUCUUAGCCCCUUUAUCCUGCCUUGGGCAUAAAUCCCUCAAACAGACCCCUGGCUCUUUCUUGAUCGAGAAUUAUCAGCUUUUAGAACUCCCGUUUAUUGAAAAAAUUCAGAUAUUUGCAAUCUAAAUUAUGGUUGUGAAUGACAGGAUAGUUGUUUAUUGUAUGACAUAUAUUUUUCGUCUUAUUUUUAGCUCGUAAAAAGGUUAAUGAAUUGUCAUAAUCUUGGUGUUGAUGUCACCAGCAGCAUUGUCAUGCAAACACUUGUUCAUAACUUGAAAAGCAUUCAAAAUAUAGACUUAAUUUCAAUGUCAUUAGUAACAUCAUUUUGCAAUUAUUUUCCUUGUUUUAAGCUCUAAAACCAUUCAAAAUAUAGUCAUCUAAGUUUUGAUGUCAUCAGUUACAUUCGUCGUGCCAAAAUUUCAAACUUGUUCAUUACUCUAAAACCAUUCAAAUCAUCGUCUAAGUUUUGAUGUCAUCAUUUUAUCAUCAUCAUGCAAAAACUUGAAACUUGUUCAUAGCUCUAAAACCAUUCAAAACAUUGUCUUAGUAUUGAUGUCAUCAUGCACAAACUUAAAACUUGUUUAUAACUCUUCACCAUUUCAAACAUAGUCUUAAUGCUGUGUCAUCAGUAACAUUGUCAUGCAAAAAUUCCAAACUUGUUCAUUACUCUAAAACCAUUCAAAAUAUUCCAAUGAAACUUGGCACACAUGUAACCAGAGACAAAAUGCAAGGCCGGUCACUCUUACUUUAAAAACUGUUAUGUCAGUUAUUUGAUUGAAAAAUAAACAAGACGAGCAUUUGCAUUCUUGUUAAACGUUCAACACUUUAAGAUAUUGAAUGUUGCACUGUACCAUGUAUUUGUAAACACAUUUUAGGCCACACCAAUUCAAUUUUUUGUUCAACGUAUUUUAGCUGAAUUUUACGUUUUCAGUAUCAGUUAAAAACAGGAGCAGGUGAUAGCAAAACUUUUUCCGCCUUCAUAACUUAACACCUCUUAUGAUAAUUCCACAGUUACAGCAUUAUUUACCAUUUCUUAAGAAAAACAAUACACCAUGAAAUAUUCAUUUUACAUACAUGUUUCAGUUUUCUUGUCAUGCAAACAGGGAUAAAAAAAAGCAAUUUUAAACUUCAAUGAAUUUUGUAUCAAAUUAUAAUUGGGUAUACAUAUUAUAUAAUACUUUAUACUUUAUUUUUAUUUCUGUACACAUGUUUAAUAUUUAUUUUAAUUAUUUUUUGCAGACUUUGUUUAAUGAAUUAAAUGUAUACAUUUGGGUAAGCUAUGGGCCGAUUGGUCAAAACUUUGUUAAUGUUAACGACUGGCUGAUUGGUCAGAACUUUGUUGGUGUUAACGACGUUGUUUAUGUCAUCAUUGUUAACUUUCAAAUAUCUCCUCUUAAAUUUCAUGGAGAUCCUUAUUAUCUUCAGUACUUCUUACAAAUUUUGGGAGUCCUGUUUCAGCCCUGCUUGAUUAAUUGAAAUAUAUCAGUACAGCAGAAAGUAGUUACUCUUUAAUACUUAUAUACUAAGGGCUAUUCCAUUUAAACAUUUAACCCCCAGGGGGAAGGCAUUUUUAAAUUAUGCCACACCCCCUACAGAAGCAAAUUUACCCUUGUGGGGUCCAAAUUAGCGAAAAACACCCACCCAUAUACUAUUUAAAUAUUUGCCUCCCCCCUGGGGUUAUAUGUUUUACUGGAAUAGUCCAAAGUCACAAUGUCAUAAAUAAUGUUAUUACAAUGUUCAGAACAAAUGGCCAAUUUGCAUUGUCAUUAAAAUGAGGGACACAAUUUGCACAUGUAUUACUUUAGUCUUUCAUUUUGUUGUUUAGAUUAUAUAUAUUCAUCGUCAGGUACCCGCGAUAUACUACUUCGCUAUGCUUCGUUGUGUACUGUGGACGAUUUGGCUAGAAAAAUCUCGUAAUCAUGAAUAAUUAAUGAGACAGUUUCAUUGGUUCUGCAAGGUACUAAUGCCGAAAUACGCACAGACACUCGUACUUUUUGGAGGAAAAAAUAUUCUGGCGAACUCGGUCCACUGUUUCACUUGAAGUUAUUUAUAAGCAGCCUAAAUCACUCGCCUAUGGAAACACUUGACAAUAAUGGGUUAUUGAAGAGUAUGUAUUGUUAACUGCAAAAUCAUUUGAAGAGGAGUUGUCUCCCCUGCCUCAUGCAUAUUCAUUAAAACGAGAUUUUGUCAAGUAAAUUGUCCCGAGGUAGUUAUGAAAUGUAACAUAAUGAAUACCAUGGUUGUUGAUAAGGUAAAUAUUGUAUGAUUGUUUUACUUUCAUGUACCUCUAGAUGUUUCUUAUUAUUUAUCUUUCGUUCUUUUAGGGGUAGCUAGAUAAGUUAUACAUGAUUGCAUAUUUGAUGUCAUUUAACUUUGUUACCCAAGCGCCUUAAUGCUUUUCAAUUAUACAAUGACAACUUGCUAUGUCGAACUCUGUUAUCUCGAUGUUCUGUUCAUGUCAAACAUUUUUUCAAAUGUUUUGGGUUUUGUUAUACAUUGUUUGAAUUUCAGUUAUCUCGAAGUUAGUUAUCUCGAAGUGAUUCUCGAGAUCCAAACGACCUCAAAAAAGCAAGUUUUGACUGUUAUACUGUUAAAAAAUAAUACAAUCCUACAAACUCGGCACUGGUAAAAUGCUUUCUGGAAUUUAGAAAUAUCAUAUAGCGUGUUCAUUAAAAAAAUCCUGGUAAAUAUAAUUUACAUGAUUAUACCGAGGAAAAUAUGGUAUGAUUAAAUUAAUGAUUUGAUGCCAGGUACUUGUUUAAGAAUUCUAGUUUGUUCAUCUAAGUCUAGUUUUUUUUGUGACUUUUUACGUGGGAAAUAUAUUAUGUUUUAGUUGAUGUACUUCAUUUUCAGCAAAUGAAAUGGGUUUUUUUCUUCUUCUUGAUCUUGAAGUAACGCUAUUAGUUCUUGAUUGUCUGGAGUGUAUUUCAGAAAAAGUAAAGUGAAUCUGAUAGCCUUGUUGUCGUUUAAGUCUGUGGUGGGCAACUUAAACCAUCGCCAAAAUAUAUGUUUCCAUAUGCUACCAGAGACAAUUCAUGCAUAUGUAACCCAUAACUCUAUAUUUAAUGAUAAUUGUUGAGUUAUGCUUUAUUAUCGGGGGAACAUGGGUAGAACAAUAGUGUAGGAUAGUUGGCAUCCGCUUUUAAUGCUCUUGUUUAUGUAAGAGUUUCUGUCUGUUGAAACCAUGAGAAAAUGCAAUGCAAUUUUUCCUACAGUAUGUGUUAAAGCUGCAUUCUCACAGAUUGAUUGUUCUGACAACUUUUUUUUAUUUAUUUUUUGUAUUGGAAUGAGCCAAUUUUGCGUAAAUGUCUGGAAACAAGUGAUAAAAGACUGCUGAUAAAAGAGCAGUUUUCAUAUUUAUGUUCAAAAAUUGAUAUUUUAUGGCUAAAGGCAUUACUUACUAAAGUUGCGGCAUUUUACCAAACAAUUGAGAUCCGUUCUAUUGAGAGUUAUCUUUUAUGACUGAAUUGAAGGCACUGAAACAAAAAUCAGCCGAUAUUGAGGCCAAAAAAAGAAGGUCAAAACUGUCAAUUUGUGAAAGUGCAGAGUUAAGGUAUUAAUUACACGCAUUUUAUGAAAUCUCACUAUUUAAUGUCAUCUUGUCAAAUUAUUUGUAGCAAUAACUGCUGUUUACAUUAGUUUCAUAACAUUGCUCAUCAUUAUGAUGGGGAAAGAUGAUUUUCUUUCACUGUCAAUUCCUGAACCAUUUGGUGCUUUUAAGGCAUUUGAUGUACGCUUAGGCAUUAAAGAAAUAAUUCUGGAAGGUUUACCCGACCCCUUCUACAAAAUAAAGGCCGAAUCUUCUGUUUAUAUAGUCAUAAUUUCCAUACAAACCAAUUAGAGUUUGAUCGGAAACUUAAAGCUUUUUUAGAACAAUUUCUUAAUGAAGAUAUAUUCCGAUUUGGGUUGAAAUAUAGAACAAAAAGUAUUAACUCAAAAACUUGAUGCAUGAUGUAUAUCGGCCAUUUAUUAAAGACAUUAAACCAUCAGCAGGCACUAUCCUUUUUAAUGAUACAAACAUUAACAUGGGGUCACCUGUGAUCAGAAUUCAACAUCAUUGCUAAUGGCUUAAUAAAGUAACAAGAUUAUUUGUACAUCAAAUAUCUUUAGUAUUCGGUAUUGCGAUGCUUUGCUAUUUGUUUUGUGUUAGUGUAUUAUGUUCUUGUAUUUUGUUAUAGUUCAUGCCAUAAAAUCGAACAAUAAAAAAUUACA